UUGCGCAUUCGUAUAUAUGAGAGAUGUUUGCGCCAGUUACGGCUGCGUCCCUUUUACGCAUACUCCCUCGAACCCAAACGAAAAGAGAAACUGCGAUCAAUCAGCGGCCGAUCCGCGUUUCUCUGGUUCCGUGCGGCCGUAUCGAGUCCCUCAGGAUCAUCUCCGUCCCCCCAGAAACGGUCCAAAGGAGUGGGAGCCGGUAAAGGGGGUGGUUUUACUGGAGCCGGUCCGGAUCAGCGCAGGUUCGGUUCGGAUUCAGGUUCAGUUUCGAGUCUGUAGGAAGUGAUGCGGGGGGAAAUGUCAACUAUGAUCAUCUAAUGACCCAAAGUGUAUCAGAAGCACACAAAGAGAAGCCCUUUCUCCUGCUUUUACACAGAGAUUCAGAACCGAUCCGGUUCGGCUGGAGAGUGGGAUUAGCUUUAGCUUUAGCAUGACAGCAGGGAUGCGCUGAUUCGGAGCUAUUUCAUCAUCUUUCCACAGGCAAGCGGAUGUUCCGGCCGUCUCCAUGGAGUUUCCUCAGAUGACACGUCGCUUCACUGCUCGGGGAUUUGGGGCAUGGUGACUGCUGUCCGUCAGCCAGUGGGCGUCUAGCAGGGGUCGCCUGGACCUGAAGGAAGACCUCCGAAACAGGACGAGGGAGACCAACACGAGAACGAGAGCGACAUGGGUCAGUGUGUGACUAAAUGCAAAAACCCCACGUCCUCUCUGGGCAGUAAAAGCGACGCCGGGAAAUCUCACGGAAAGAAAGGCGGCACUGGCGGCGCGCACAAGGAUGAUGUCGCCAAGUCUUCUGUCGACGUCAUUUACAACGGCACCAAAGAGGUCACCGUGGAGGGCAGCGUGGCGCCGACGCUCUCGGCGCUGGACGUGCGGCGGGACCAGCCCAUGCAGGACGGGGACGGCGUGUCGCUCGCUCGGAUACACGACAUGUUCUUGUGUUAUAAGGACGAGCACGAGGACGCCAUCCUGGAGGAGGGGAUGGAGCGCUUCUGCAACGACCUGUGCGUCGAUCCGGCCGAGUUCAGGGUUCUGGUGCUGGCGUGGAAGUUCCAGGCCGCUACCAUGUGCAAGUUUACAAGGAGGGAGUUUGUGGACGGCUGUAAGGCGAUCCAGGCCGACAGUAUCCCGGGAAUCUGCUCUCGGUUCUCCGUGCUGCUAGAGGAGUCUCGAGGAGAGGAGAGUUUCAAAGAUCUGUACCGGUUCACCUUCCAGUUCGGGCUGGACGCGGAGCAGGGCCAGCGCUCCCUCCAGCGCUCCAUCGCCAUCGCCCUGUGGCGGCUCGUCUUCACGCUGGACUCGCCCCCGGUGCUGGAGCGCUGGCUCGACUUCCUCUCGGACAACCCGUGCGCCGUGCGCGGCAUAUCCCGCGACACCUGGAACAUGUUUCUGAACUUCACGCAGAGCAUCGGGCAGGACCUCAGCAACUACAGCGAGGACGAGGCCUGGCCCAGCCUCUUCGACUCGUUCGUGGAGUGGGAGACGGAGAGGCGGCGCAGAGAACGAGCGCUCGAGGGGUGCGAGACGGAUCCUCCCGUGGACUGUGACGCCUCGUUCGUGUGGCCGGGACCUUGA